AUGGCUCUAUAUAUUCUAUAUCCCGCCGUAGCUGCCGUAGCUCUCUUCGUUAUAGGCGUCAUCAUUGUCAUGCUACGCUAUGGGCCGCGUCUAUGCGGCCUGCGCCAUCAUGCUCUGCCCGACAAUCAUGACAUGCGGGAAAAGACCUACGAGCAUGAGAUUAGUUAUGCCUGAUCCGCCAUUUUCAUAUAUUUUUAUACACAACCACUUCAACUAACCAUAUUCAUAAGUUUCUAUAUUGUCCAUAACUAACUUCUCACAACAAAAUGUAAUUGUGUCUGCUGGAAUUGCACAAUUUUUUUCACAUACAUGCAGUACAAAAUGCCUUCUACAUUCGUCAGCAAGCUUUUAUAUCAUUCCAUUACGAAAACAUACAAAUUAUGUGCCUUCAAUAUCUCAAUGAGAAAUGUUUGCCGUCCAAGUGUCUUCUAGAAUUUUAAGAGUGCUCAGUUUAAAAUACAUAUAUAUAUACCCUUUUGGUACGUACAGAAAAAAGUUAUAACCCUUUUAUAUUGAAUUAAAACAGCUUUAAUGCACUUGUAAGAAAUAUAAUUUAUAAACAAACUCUACAUAUUAAAAACAUUUAUACCACAUUUGACUAAUAAAAAUGGCAUUUUAAUAGAAACAGAA